CCGUCCAUCAAUGGAGGCUGCACCAAAGCUGUUUCCGGUGCGGCUGCUGAAAGCUCACUCAUCUGCCGCCAACCGCGUCACGCCGUUUCAGGAUGAAGAUGACAGCUCCUCCCGUGCUGACAUCCCUCGUUCUUCAAGCCCCGCUCCUACACACGAGCAUGCGCAGGGGCGUGGGGGAGAGCACCGGGAAUGGAGAAAGAGGAAAACUACGGGGGACAGACAGCCCCUGGCCAGCGCGCCACAACUGUACGAGUGAGGGGCGGUGUGUUUAUGGGGGAAUUCUCAUGGUCCGCGUUUCGUUUGCGUGUCUGUGCAGUGAGGCGUUCACUGCCGUUCGGGGGAACCGCCUUGAGAGAGUGGAGACAUUCACUGAACCGAGGACACAUCUCAUGGUGGAGUGACUGAGACAAGAAGCGACAGCAGCCUCAUUACAUGUUCCGCCUCUUCUGUGCAGGUGCGUGUGGCGAGCGAGGAGGAGCUGCCGAGUGACGGCAUUGUGCGGCCGAGGCGCCUCUCCGCGGGGCCAAUCAAGUCACAGCCGGCACACAAGGACGGCUCCACCCCAGUCCGUCCCAAACGAGUAUCGCUCCCGGGCCAGGUGUCCGAUGACGUCUUGGCCUCCCGCCGUCGGAGGAAGGUCAGCAUCAGCAUCAAACGCAGCAAGCGUGCAGCUACUGUGUCAAACCUUAACGAAGAGCGCUUAGAAGAGAGGUCGGACACCAGUUCGCCUGACCAGCGAAGCCCGACGAGGCGGUGGGGAGGGCGUGGGAAGAGGCAGAAGUCCUUUGGGGGCAUACUCAGUGGGCGGUCGAGCCGGGCGGCAAGCCGGGCGGCGAGCCGAAUGUCGUUUGCGUCUGUCGCUUCGGAAAAGGAAAUCAAAUCGCCCCUUGCGGUAAGACGAACACGGAGCGUGAGACACGUCAUGAGUGCGCCUGUCGUCAUGUACAGGAGCACCCUCGCUACGUGGAGGACUGGUGGUAUCGCUUUGAUCGCGAUCCUUUCCUCCAUCCCGAGCCCACCUCGUCCGUACCCCUCCCAAGACGCUCCGCGCAGCUCGCCGUGCUGGAAGCGACCGAGUGCUCGGCAAACAGCUCCAGCGAGAGCAUGGACACUGCCGGCCAAUCGACCGCCGCCCACUCGGCAUGUCCAUCCACUGGUCGGCCGCACGCCUUCUGGCUGAAGCUCUUCGUUGGCUUCUGGAACAUGCACGGCAAGAGCCCGACUGGCUCCAAGGAGAUCGGAGAGGCGGACACCAUCAGGGCGACAUUCCUGCGGACGGAUAUCCCGCAUGACGUGUAUGUGGUGGGCACUGCUGAGUGUGAGGUGAGUGGAGUGGGGCAUCUUUUGUUAUGUGCACACAGGGGGGUGUGAACGUAUACGUACAUGUCUCUCUCUGUGUACAUGUGUGUGUAUCAGCGUUCGAUCGAGAAGUCGUUUCUGUAUGCGUCAAAGGCCUCCUGGGAGCGGUUCGUGGCCGACUCGCUCGGGGAAACCUACUUUUUGGUCCGCUCACACACACUGCAGGUAUGCUGGUGUGUAUGUAGCUUCCUUGCUAUGUGUGCGCACACCGACUGUGCCAACGGAUGAGUGGCCAUCACUCAGGCACUCCAUUUGGCCGUGUUUGCUCGACGGGAGCUCAGGCAACAUUUCGAUGACAUCAAGUGAGUGACGACAGAACGUGACAUGAGAGACACAUUCAUUGUCUCUUUCUCCCUGCCCUCUCAGCUCUGCUCACAUCGCCACUGGCUUUGCAAACCUGUUAGGCAACAAAGUCAGUGACUGACUGACUGACUGUGGUGCAUGGCUGGCACAACCAAAUGGACCGUGUGCAUCAGCCAUCUGUGCACGGAUGUGUGUGUAGGGUGGGGUUGGCAUCUCUUUCCGCAUUGGCCGCACCCAUCUUCUCUUUCUCAACUGCCACUUAUCACCGCACCAGUCCGCGAAGUACCUUGAAAAGGUACUCUCACGCAAAUCCACCACACAUCAGCCACUUAUGGUUUCGUCUGUGCAGCGCACCAAGAUGAUGGACAAGAUCCUGUCCGAGCUGCCUUUGCCCACCCGCCAUGUGCCGCGGAUGGGCGGGGUGCUGCAGGCAUGCCUCGACCACACAUUUAUCCUGGGCGACUUCAACUACAGGCUGCUGUGCAAGAGGGACGAAGCGCAGGGCAUGCUCAGAGAGGCAAGACAGCAGGUCAGUGACAAAUGAUGUCUCCACCACCACGAGACAUGCUGCUUGAACACAGGAGCUUCUGCGGCGCGACCAGCUGCUGCAUCUCGGGAUGAAGCCCACCCGGCGGUUCCGGCAGUGGGUGGCCAUGCGCAUGAAUCUCGCCAACAAGUCUCUGGUCGAGCCCCACUGCAUCACUCUCUUCACGCCGUCCCUCAAGCAGCGGGGCGACUUCAACACAGACGCCGACGACACGAUGUCGGACGAUGAGCUCGACGAGACAGAAGCCGAUGAGCAAGGAUACGUCAUGAGCGAUAUCGACAACAAGAAAUCUGAGUCUACGCCGGUCGGCAUCCGGCGGGCGCACUUUCGGGACAGUGACGACACCGCCGGAACAGAGAGCACCAAGACAGGACGGGAGCUCAAGAAUGGCAGCAGGAGUCACGACGCAUCGGAGCAGACAGGGCCGUCACGACUGCAGGUUGUAGAUGGCAACGGCCCGUCGAGGGACACCAGCAGGUCGUCCCAGUCCGACUGGAGCUCCCCCUCUGCGUCCGAGUCUGACGCUGUCUCCAGCGACGCGGCCUCAUGCGUCACCGAGUUCCCCGCCGACCACAGACCACCCAAAGUCCGCAAGACGUCCUUCGCCGCGCUCGGUGGCUUCCUAUCUCGUCAGCAUUCCCGUGUUGCCCAGAUGGUCACGCGGAGGCGGUCUCGCGGCCAGGCGGACGAAUUGACAGAGGCCCAUGGGGCCAUCAGGCGGAUUCCUUCCUCCCGCACUGUGGCUGGCAGCGUGUCGAUUGGACACGAAGAUGAGGUGAGGUGGUACGAGCAGAUGGACGAGGUGCCCAUAGAGUUCCCGCCCACUUACAAGUUCGACGAGGGGACGGACCACUAUGACACGUCCAAGAAGGAGAGAGUACCUGCGUGGACCGACAGGAUACUGUGGAAAAAAUGCGACAGGCCCGACCAAAUCAUGUACGUGCGUCUGUGACUGCGGGGAAGAAGAAUGCAAAUGCACUCUGGUGGCGUUGAUGCGCUGCUGUUUGCAGUCCGUGUGCAUAUGACUCCGUUAAGGGUGUUCGCCUGUCCGACCAUCGGCCCGUGUAUGCCCAGUUCCUGGUGGCAGUGGACAUCGAGCCGCCACUCACUAUCACCCACCACACCAAGAAGAGCCCCAAGCAGCAGGUCCCCACAACGCCCAAGCGGAAACUACGUGUCCAGGUGGCGACAUCGACAUCCCUCAGCAAUCCCCCUUCCCCCGCCCCAUUGCUGGCCAGCUCGGCCGACAACACGCCCACACCAAUGGCUGUCUCCGACAGUGAGGCCCAACACCACGAGGAGGCUCAGGAGAGGUGGGCCGUCCAUAGAGAGAGCGUUACUCAGAUGGCCCCUGCGGUUAGCCCGAAGGUCGCAGCGGCAGAUGGCCAGGCAGAUACAAAAGGGGAGGAGAAGCCUCAUGGGCUAGGGGAUUCAUCCUUGUCGAAGUCUCCAGUGGCUGUGGAGCGGCCAAAGAGACGGUGUUGGCUGGGCAUUUGCUUGUGCAGGGGAGGGAGAAGGGAAAGAGAGAGGGAGGGUAUGGAUCAGAAGAAUGAGGUCACAAGAGCGAAAGGGGAAUGCUCGAAGAGAUCCGCUAUGUGUGUCAUACAAUAAGUGAGGUUAGCGCGUGUACAUUGUUUGUUUUGCACGUAUGCGACGUGUCAGACGUCGUGCGUGUCUCUGUGGCCGAACACACAUAAAGGGACUUCCUGCCUUGUGCUGGCUGAGCCUCCUCUGCGCUUUAUCCUAUCCGGCGAUUUGUGCUGUUGAAUACGGCAUGAGACACGAAGGGACAUCGAGGGAAAAUUACGUGGUUCACAGCCUGAACUGGUGGAUCUGCCUUCAGUUCAUACCCCUGUGCAUCCAACGACCUCGUUAGGUACCGAGGGCCGCAAAAAAUCCAUCACAUACCGAAAGCUCGCGUCUCCCCCACCGACCCCCAGUCUCUCCGCGAAGAGAGGCCAGAAGGAAGACUUGGUCAGCUGCGUUCACCCAUCCAUCCAUCCAUCCAUCCACCAUGGCGGCACCUCCCCCCUAUGGAGGCCCGACUCCGCCGUAUUCCGACCACCAGCAACCUACAUACCCACAGCUGGGACCGCAGCCACAAAUCAUCACCGUAAGUCGUGGAUGGAUUGAAAUCCUCAAUUGAGAGUCUCUCUCCGACUGUCUGUCUGUCUGUCUGUCUGUCUGGCAUCCACACAUGGACAUCACGACAUUGCGUGCAGGUGACGACGACCACCAAGCCCCAGCCUCAGCCCGUCGGUGGUGGCCCCACGUAUCUGCAGAUGCAGCAGGGACCGCCGCCGGUCUCUCCUGUCCAAUAUGGGAUGCCCUACGGCCAGGCGGGCCAGCCGAUGGCGGUGCAGGGGCAGCCCAUGGCGGUGCAGGGGCAGCCAAUGGGGCAGUUCCAGGGGGUGACGUACACAGCGCCGCCUGACAACCAGGCGCAGCAGGACCUGACACUGUUGAUUGGAGCGUUUGCGGCGUCGACGGUCUGCUGCAAUGGGAUUUGCUGCUGUAUCGGUGAGUGAGUGAGUGAUGUCAGGCGGGGCAUACAGCCACACAGCGGUGGAGUUGUGCAUGUGGACUGCGCAGGUGCGAUAUACGGGUUCUUCUGUGCCAAGUCGAGGGGAGACAAACAGAUACGCAUGGUAGGUGUGGACCUCACCCAUCCAUCCAUCCAUUUAUCCAGACAGACAGGCUGGAUGCGCCCUUGUGCGUCCGUGUGUUUGUUUAUGUGGACGCAUGUGUGCAGUGGUCGAUGGUCAACGCUGCUGGUGCAUGUGUCUGUAUCGUCGUGCCCAUCAUCAUCAUUGUCGUGCUUCUCACCACGCUCAAGGGUCUGUCGCCCACCCGCUCACAAACAUGCAUUCCACACAAAAUGGAUGCAUCCAGGCAUGUGUCUCUUGUGGCAAUGUUGUGGCUCACGGCAGGUUAUGGCGUGACUACAAAGGAGGGCUACAAGACGUGUGAAAACGCGGGAGGCCGCCAAUGGAAGAUCCACUACCUUGAGCACAAACACAGCCACGAAAGUAGUAUCCAUCCACCCCAUCCAUGCAUGCAUCCAUUCACAUGGCAGACAGACGGAACAGAGCCAUUUAUCUGUGGAUGUGUUGUCAUGUGUGAAGAGGGCACAGUGGUCCUGAUCAAUGAGGGCUCGGCGCUGGAACUGGACGAGGAGCCCUUGGACCUCUUGAAGCGUAAGCGAGCGACACGGCAAAUGGGGCGAAGGAUAUCGUGUAUAUCCAUGAAUCGCUAUGCGUGUUUUCCAUCCCUUACCUUCUCGUGUAUUUUUCUUCGUCAUCUCAGUGGUGACUGACGAGCGAUGGACGGUGGGCGAGACGGCAAAUAAUACAAUCAAGGACGGAGACAGCCGGUCAGGAAUGAGGUUUGUUGCCUUGCAGGCGCUGGCUGUCUCCCCUCCUGGCCAGGGCCGCACAGGCAAAGUGACGGCAAGAACAACCGGCCAACUGCAGGACAAUAACCCGGGCGCCGAUGAUGGGUUCACCAACACGGUCUUUCGAUGCUUUGACGUCAAGGGCAAGGACGCCGUGAUCGUGUCCAUCGGCAGCGCCACGCAAUACUCCCUCAAAUGGGCGGGAGCGGUAUCAAUACAUAGUAGCAGGAUACGCAUGCACCCUGAAUGCAUUCGUAUGCAAUGCAAUGUCUCUGAGACAUGAAUUAUGUAGGGCCGUGAGGUAGCGGGCUUGUUUCUGCGAGACCCAGUGGCAGAGCUCAACCAAGUGUCGGACUCAGACUUGCAGGGCAUUCGCGCUCAACGGACAUACGUACGUACUAUCCAGUCAGCCCCAUAAUCCCCAUUUCUCUCUCUGUCUGUCUUCUGUCUGUCUGCGUAUUGGCUGAUGGUUGCGUGGCUUUAUGCAGCUCGUGUAUGAAAACAACAUUCCGAUUUCAGCUGAAAGGUUUGAUCGCUUGAUCGACAAGUCUGACGAGUUUGUCUUCUUGACCGCGUUGGUUGCCGAGGGGACGCGAACAAAGCUCAAGGAGCUGCUCGAACAAGUCGACUGACUGACUGACUGACACUCCUGCUUGACCCCGAACAUGAAUAUGCAGUCACGGGUCCAUAUGCAUGGACAGCUUCGUGGAAUGCACUUGUGUGAGAACGGUUCCAGGUCCAUCUGCAUAGCAUUGGGUGAUGGGGGGUGUGUGGGUCAAACAGCCGAUCGAAUAUGUUAC